CUUGCUGGGCUCCGAGGCCCCGCGGCCCCAACGUCCUCAGCCAGGCUCUGCGGCAGUCGCCCUGCCUGGGGCCGGGACCGCCGGCGGAAGGAGGAUCUGGGCGCCCCGGUUGGCGGGAGGGCGGUUGCCUUUCCCGGAUCUCAUCCCCGGCCGCCCGAGGCGGGAGGAAACAGCGGCGAGGUCCGCGGGCGGCAUGGCAGGAGCUGCGGACGAGCGCGGGCCCGGUUCCGCGGCGGGGGAACAGCUGCAGCAGCAACACGUCGCGUGCCAGGUCUUCCCCGAGCGGCUGGCCCAGGGAAAGCCCGGGCAAGGGUUCCUUUCCAGCUUCUUCACCAACAACCAGAAGUGCCAGCUUAUGCUCCUGAAGACGCUGGAGACAAAUCCAUAUGUCAAACUUCUACUUGAUGCCAUGAAGCACUCAGGUUGUGCUGUUAACAAAGAAAGACACUUUUCUUGUGAAGACUGUAAUGGCAAUGUCAGUGGAGGUUUUGAUGCGUCAACGUCUCAGAUUGUUUUGUGCCAGAACAACAUCCGUAAUCAGGCCCAUAUGAACAGAGUCGUCACCCACGAGCUCGUUCAUGCGUUUGAUCACUGUCGUGCUCACGUUAAUUGGUUCACCGACGUCAGACAUUUGGCCUGCUCAGAAGUUCGAGCUGCUAACCUUAGUGGAGACUGCUCUCUUGUAAAUGAAAUAUUCAGGCUGCAUUUUGGAUUGAAACAACAUCAUCAGGAGCUCAAAUGGACUAGGACCAAGAACAAAGAUAAACUGGAAUAUUUGACCCACGUUAUCUGCCACAGUAUUGCAGAAGAUGCCCAAGGAGACUUGAAUUGGCAUCCCUCUCUCCGCCCAACCAUUAGUCCUUCAAAUGGAUAUGGCUGCUUCACUAAAGAUGCUGAACUUCCGACAUGUAGCAAGGAGCAUCACACCCCUGCCUCACUUUUGCAGCAUGAGUAUUAGAAUCCCCAAGAGCAGAAUUUAUUUCUACAGAAAUCACCAAGUAGAAUAUCUGGGAUUUUAUAAGGACAAUAGUGUUCAUUCAACAGGUACCAAUGCUAAGUUAAAAGGAAAAAAAAAAAAAAAUCAUGCAACAUCUUAAGUGGCCAGUGGCAGCUUCUCUGAGUGCUAACUGCAUUCAUAUUGCCUCACAUCCAAGGUGGUAAAAUAAGAGGGAAAAAGAUCAUACUGAGCCAAGAAAACUCUCCUGCUAUAAUGCUUCUUUUUCUGGAAAUUAAUAAGUCACAGAGCCUUAGUGCAAAGGCCAAAGCUAUAGGCACCCUCCAUAUCUGGAUCUGUAAGGUCAAAGCUAGACAUGUCUGGAGGGGCCAGGCAGGCUGCUGGAGUGGCCACUUCUCAGUAGGAGGCUCUGAGGAGCCUCAGAAGAGUCCAGGGGCUGGACUCAGGGCUCAUAGAGGGACCACAGCUGCCCCUCAUUCUGUAACCACUGCAUGAAGAAGAGAAUCGA